AUGCGUUGUCUCAUCGCUGGAGCUAUUCUUGUUCUCGGUUUGGUCGCCGUCGACGCGGCGAAUCAAACGGUCACCGUGAAAGGAACAACAAUUUGCAACAAGAAGCGCAUUUCGGCGAAAGUUGAACUUUGGGAGAAGGACACUUUGGAUCCUGACGAUCUCCUCCAUAAGGUGCAAUCAUCGAAAGAAGGCGAAUUCACGGUGAGCGGCACAGAAAACGAGAUCGGCUCGAUCAGCCCGUACUUGCUCAUCACUCAUGAGUGCAAUGUGAAGAAGGCAGGAUGCAAGCGAAUCUCGGAGUUUGUGAUUCCGAAAGAGAAAAUUGGCAAGACCUAUGACAUGACCUAUGUGACAUUGGAUAUUCUCACGAAGAACGACAAAGAGAAAUGCUGA